AAUGUUCAGUCAACGGGCUUCCUCCUCUCAGCGGUAUAAUAAAUGCCUUUUCGUUAACAUUACCGCUCCACCUUCGUAUUCUUGAAUUUUUCGUGCAAAAAAAAAUGUUAUUUGACAGAAGGACAGAAAGGCACUGUGAUUCUUGGUUUUUCUUGAGUACUUUAAGCGUCUCCAAUUCUUCAACCAGAAGAAUUUCGGUUAUUUGUUGAUUUUUGUGAUAUAGAAGAAGUGCGAUUUUGAAAAAGGGAAUAAUGACAGUUGAGGAGAAAUACGAUGCUAAUAAUGCUUCGCAAGAUUACACGAAGAAAGAUGAGGAAAAUAACAAUGAAGACAUAAAAAAGAAGCAGACGUUCACGCUAAGGCAGAAGGUGGCGCUGGUGAUGCUGGCAACGGUGGACUUCAUGAGCUUCUGCUCGAUGUCGAUCAUGGCGCCGUUCUACCCCAAAGAGGCGGCGGCCAAGGGGAUGACGGAGCUGACGGCGGGUUUCGUCUUUGGAUUCUACGCCCUGGUGGUGAUGCUGAGCUCUCCGGUCUUCGGCAAGGUGAUGCCAAAAGUAGGAGUGAAGUUGUGCUUCAUUCUAGGGACCCUUUUUUCUGGAGUAUGCAGUUGUGCUUUCGGAUUAUUGAAUGUGAUAGAUGAUUAUACCACGUUUGCAGUUCUGUCUUUUGUAAUAAGGGGCUUCGAAGCCUUGGGAGCCAGCGCCUACUCAACAGCUGGCUAUGUGAUAAUAGUUAAUAUUUUUCCAGAUCAUUCUGGAGCAGUUAGGGGUCUCCUAGAAACCUUCGUAGGCUUAGGUAUGAGUGCUGGUCCAGCUAUAGGGGGACUUCUCUAUGCGGUUGGAGGUUUUGGGCUUCCUUUUUACGUAGUAGGAUUCAUAACAAUUGUGAUAGCUCCGAUGAAUAUAUAUUUGCUGCCGAAAUUAGAAAAAUUCACCAUGGAACAAAAAGCAGGCUCCUUUACGAAACUCCUGCGUCUACCAUCAGUGUUGAUAACCUGUUUGAUAUUGGUGGUUGUUGCAGCAACCUGGGGAUUUUUGGAUCCAACCUUAGAGCCACAUUUAAGACCGUUUAAUCUUGAUGCUGGUAAAAUCGGAUUGAUAUUCCUUCUUUUGUCGGCAAUGUACGGCAUUUUUUGCCCAGGAUGGGGCUGGCUUUCCGACAAACUAGACACUUACUGGUGGAUUAUGUCUACUGGACUGCUCCUCAACUUUGUUUGUCUGAUGUUCUUAGGACCUUCUCCUGUUAUCCAUUUUUUGACAAACACAAUUUGGUUGAAUAUAGUUUCAUUAUCAACCUUGGGAGUAUCGGUGGCGAUGGCUCAAAUGCCAACUUAUAGGAGUCUUUUAGAUAGUGCCAUGCUCGGCGGUUUCGUGGAAACGAUAGGAACCCACAGUUUGAUAGCCGGAUUGUGGUCCAGUGUCUACUCGAUGGGGGAGGUGAUAGGUCCCAUAGCCGGUGGUGCCCUCAUGAAUAACUACGGCUUUCCAGUGACAUCGACAGUAUUCGCAGUGGUCAAUCUGGUGACAGCGAUUCUAGUGACGUUGUUCUACAUGAGUAGGACUAAGAAAGACGUCGUAGAAGUGCCAAAUAAUAAUAAACCGAUAAUUAUCACUGCAGAAAAUUUCAGCAACGGUGGCGCUGUUGUUAAAGAGCAACCGUCCGAACUAGUGAAUUCGAUUAGUGUUACUGAUAGUGCAUGUUGCAAUACGUGAUAAUUUUUAUAUUGUAUAUAUAUUUUUGAUAUAAACAUUGUAAUACCUACUGCUAGAUAUUAACUGAUGCUCAGCGAAUGGGUCUCGGAAAAGUAUUAACUUUAUCAUUAAAAGUUUACUUAAA